AUUAUCUAUGUACGAUACUGCUCUUCGUCGUGCGCGGAUUCAAGGCUGGUCAUCUGUGCCCCCGGGUCCGCCCUGUACAGUGCCCUGGGCAUGCCAAGGCGUGCCAACAGCCCCUGCGUGCCAAGGCUUCAAUCCUCAACCCCGCACCUGACUCGCAUCCAGCUUGCGUAUUCGCUGACGCCAUGGUCCAUUGCGCUCUGUCUCAUUCUGAUAGCAUCCUGGAACCUUGGCGGGUUGAAGUUUGGCGGCUUGGGCCACGGGCCCACGGUGCUCUGCCGACUCCCGAAUCCAGAUCCAUGCCCUGACAGCUGACUGGCCUUCGGUGGCUUGCGCAUAUUACGUUCCAAAUAAACGUAUGUGUACAUCAUGCCAUUUCUCUCAAAUUGCGAUUCUGAGUCUCCAUAUUGUCCUCCUUAUUUUCCGCAGCAGAUUACUUGAUGCAUAUUAACGCGUGUUCACUAGGAGAUGCAUUAUAUCAAUAACUCAUGAGUGACCGCUUGGAAUGGACUCGGGCGAGGUUGUUGGUGCCCAUGCCGCGGCGCUCCGGGCUCGCCAGCUUCGCGAGGCUUUCCAGCAGGCGAAGGCCGCGGCAACCGGCGUCAUCGGCACCGCUCCUGCCUCACGCCUUCUGCAGCCUGAUGUCUCAGCCGCGACCGCCUUUUGGCAGCGCCAGCUUUCGGCCGCAUCCGCUGCUCCGGUGGCCGCCCAGCAGCCCUGGGCUUCAGCCUAUGUGGGCAGCUCCGCACCGCAAGGGCAGGGCCCCGCAUCGGGCCUCGUCGCCCCCCAGGCGCCGUUCAGCCACGUGUGGGCCCCUGCCGCGCCCCAUGCAGCGCCUGCGCCACCGGCUGGCCCCGCCAGCCACGACGCGGCCAGCAGCAAGAGCGGUCGCAGUGGCAGCACCUCAGCGAGCGCGGCUCUACACCCCCGGCGGCCCGGCCUGCUCAUGUUCUUCACCGCUGGCCCGGGCGGGCCGCCAGACGCCACGCGGGAGCAACAGUUACCGGCGGGGCUCCCGGCAGACGCCUGGUUACCUCAGGAUCCAUUUUAUGGAGCCGCAGUUGAAGCAGCAGCAGGACUUAAUUUGGGUGGAGGCUACGGCGGGCCCGGCAGUGCGCACAGCGGUAGUGGGCUAGGCGGCCGUGGCCGCCCCAGCGGCAGCGGCAGUGUAGCAGGCAGUGGGGUCGCGGCUGCCGUGGCGGAGGGCGCGGCGGCGCUGCGCCUUCAAGUCGAGGCGAUGCGGCAGCAAUGGCAGGCGGCGCAACAGCGGCAGCGCGGGGAGCGGCGGGCGCAGCAGUGGCCGACAGAUGAUCCGCAGCUGCAGGCGGAGGGGCGGCUUGCAGGCGGUGGCGUGGUGGCAGACGUGUGGGGAGCUGCUGGCGCAGGCUUCGGGCAAGGGCAACAGGCCCGCGCGCGGCGAGCAUCCGAUGCUGCCAGCAUCAGCACCACCACCAGCUUUGCCGCCGGCAAUGCGGACCGGCCCAGGCUGCCUGGGGCAGGCGGCAAGGAGAACCAGGGUCCGCCGGGGUAUGACCACGACCCCCACAUGGAUACUGCCGGAGACAGGGACUCGGUGACAGCGUCGUCGUCCUCGUCAGCAGCCGGGCUGGGCCGGCGCCGCCGGCACUCCACCGGCCCUGGCGAGUCCAGCACCGCCACCGCCGCCCUCUACAGCUUUGGCGACACGCGGCACCGGCCAGGCCAGGGCGUGGAGGCGGCGUCGGCGAUGCUGCGGGCGCUCGUGACCGCCACCGGCCGUCGGCCGCUUGACCCGGUGAUCACAGGCAGCGGCCGCCGGCCUGCGCCGCCGCCGCCACGGAAACAGGUGUACGCGCCCGCGCCGGACCCGGCGGCGGACGCCAAGCUGCCGGUGUUCGUGGACGCAGCCGCACUGCCGCCCGGGUACCGCCCGCCCGCGCAGCAGCAUCGCCGGCGGCGCUGGGGUGCGGCGGGGGCAGGCACGGGAGGUGGUGGUAGUGCUUCCGUUGACUCUGCGCCUGAGAGAGUGGCGCCCAUGGCAGUGGCGGUGGCGACACCGGCACCUUCACAUGCGCCGGCAGCGCUGGCAGGAGGCGCUGCAGGUCCAGCGGCUGACGAUGCCCUCACACAGCCCGGCGGCGCGGCGCCUGACGCCACAGAGGCCCGCAGCCGCCGGGCCCCCUCCGCCGCCUCCGCCUCCUCUUCCACUUCUGGAGCAGCAGCAGCGGCAGCGGUAGCCGAUGGCGCCGCCCCAGCCCCGGCCUCCGCCGUCGCCACCGCACCAGCGCCCACUGCGGUGGACCCCUGGUCAGGCCGGCCGCACGUGUACCUGCUGCGCCGUGACGUGGACGUGUACCUGCCCGACGUCAACCCCACCCGCCCCCGGUCGGCCUCCGCAGUCAUGGGUCGCAGCCGGCGCGGCGUGGCGGAGGGGCCGGUGGCAGGCGCAGUGGCAGGAGCGGAGGCGGCGGCGGGAGCAGGCGGUGGUGGAGGCCCGCCGGUGGAUUCCAGGCCCGCGCUGCGAGUUGACGACACGCUGCUGCGGCGCCGCGUGCCGGCGGCGUCCUUCGCGGCGGCGCCGUACAAGCCGCCGGCGCGGUCGCCGUCGCCGCAGAAGCGCAGUGACGCCAGCGACUGGGACGGCGACGGCACAGCAGGCGGAGGCAGGCAGGCCCUGCCGCCCACCUCACCACCGCGCUCGCCACGCUCGUCACACAGCAGCCAGGCUACGGGCUCACAUGCCGCCGAUGGCGACGCCGCUGGCGGUGGCAACACCUGGCGCUCCAGCCGCAGCCGCAGCCGAAGCGCCGUGCGAGCCGGCGCGGAGCGGCCUGGCACAGCUGCAGGCGGCGGCGCAACGGCACGCGGGAGAGGGCGCGGCGAGGAGUGGGGAGAGGCACCGGAGGCGCGGAGGGGCGACACGUUGCUGCAAACCAAGGCGGAGCCGCUGCGUGCGGGGCCGGCGGUGGGCUUCGGUCGGGCGCCGCGGUUUGCGCCCGGUCCCGGCGCUGAUGGAGACGCGGCCAAACAACGUCGGGCGCGCUCAACCUCGCGGCGGCGGCGGACAGGCGAGGAGGGGGAGGGUGCGGAGGGCGCGGAGGGCACGGGUGGUGUCAGCACCAGUCGCAGCCGCAGCAGAGGCCGGCAUCGGAGCCGAAGCAGGCGGCGCAGGACUGGCGGCGCGGCGGCGUCAGGACCAAGUUCAAGCCGUGGUGGCGCCACAACUGCGGAGGGUGGCGGGGAGCAGGCCGCCGCAGCCCCCUCCUCUGCCUCCUCCCAUUCCUCGGAGGCGGAGGAGCCGCUGGCGCCGCUGCGGCACCUGGACGCCGCCUACGCCGCCGUGCUGCCGCGAGUGACCGGCGCCGCCUUCGCCGCCAGCAGCUCACGCCGUUUCGACUGGCUGGGGCCGGCAGCAGGCAGCGCGACCGCGCGGCCAGGAGUAGCUGCAGGUGCUGGUGCAGCAGGGGGAGGUGGAGCAGCGGGCAAGGGCCCGGACGCGGCCGCGCAACAGCGGCAGCAGCGGCGGCGGCGGCGGCGACGCUGGGCGGUCCGCGAGGCCGGUGGCGUUACCGGUGGUGGUGGUGGUGGUGGUGGUGGUGGAGGCGCUGGAGGAGGAGGGACUGUGAGCGCUGGCGAGCACGCACACGGGAGUGAGGGGGAUGACGCAACGGCGUCGGCAGCGGAGCGAGGAGUGCAGAGCGACGGCGCCGGUGUCGCUGGUGGCGCUGCCGGCAGCAGUGACAUUGCAGCUGCUCGUGCUGCGGCGGGCUCGGAAGCCGCCGCCGCCGCCAUGUCUGUUGACGGCGACGAUGAUGGCAUUGAUGGCAGUGAUGGCGAGUAUGAGGUGCCGCGCGAGCCCAUGGCGCCGCUGGAGGGGCUGGCGGCCGCGGUGGACGCGGUGCGGCCGCGGGUGCGUGUCGCCACCUUUGCGCACCGCAGCGUGGCGGAGCAGAUGCGCACGGAGCUGCAGGCCCGGCGCGAGCGGCAGCUGCUCAAGGCCCGGCAGCUGCAGGCGCAGCUACGGUGCCAGCCCGUGGACGAGCUGUGGCCGGCUGUAGCAGCGCAGCUGCGGCGGGAGCGGCUGGCGGCGCUGGGGGAGCGGCGGCGGCGGCGCUGGUCAGACCAGGAGCGGCAGCAGCAGGAGCAUGCGGGCUCGCAGAGCCCGCCGGAGGCAGGAAGCGGUGACGACGCAGCUGUAGCAGGGUCAGGGGCCGGGGCAGGAGCAGGGUGGGGGAGCAGGGCGGGAGCGGAGCAGCACAUGAGCUACAGCUACAGCCCUAGCGCCAGUCCCGAGGGUGCCGGGAUUGAGGCCACGUCACCCGGGGUGGCAGCGGCCGGCAGCCCUGGUGCGGCUGGUCCUUUGCUGCUGCCAUCGGGCUCGGCAGGACGGGAUCCGGGCUGGGCGUCGCCGGACAGGGCUACAGCUGCAGCCGCUGCAGGAGCGGGAGCAGCGGUGGGAGCAGAAGUGGGAGCAGGAGUGGGAGCGACACCACCGCGGCCGCCGCUGCCGCGUGCGAGAGGCCUGUUCCUCACAGCCAUGAAGUCACCAUCACCGCACUCCUCGCCGCCGCGCCUCGGCGCCGCCUCCCCCCAUCCCGCCGGCAUCGCCUCCACCGCCACAGCAGCGGCCGCUGCAGACACGCCGACGCGGGCAGGCGCCGCCGGCGCCCGCCGCUCCUCCGCCUCUGCCGCGCUGCUGCCUGAGCGGCCGCCGCACUUCCUGGCGGCGACUCGCGCCGCGCUUGCGAGCCUGGAGGCGCCUCUGGAGUCAGCGGCAGCAGGAGCGGGGGCCGCAGGAGAAGUGGCUGCUGGUGCCGGUGUGCCUGUGGCGCCACCGGCGCCGCCCAUUCCCAACUAUGCACUUGUGGAGAAGAGGGCGCCCGCCGUGGGCUUCAGCCCCGCCCGCACCUCCACCGCCUCGCUACAGCCCGCGCCGCGCUACAGCCGCGAGCCCGGCCCCGGGCACUACGAGCCCUCGCUCGCGGACGCCGCAAUGUCCCGCCACACCCGCGCCGCCACGCCUGUCUUCGGCAGCACCCGCCGACCCGUGGUCCCCUUCCUCCCGGGCGUGGACUCAGGCCCGGAAAGCCCCACGCGCGCCGCCGCCUCUGCGGCUGCUGACGUGGCGUGGUUGGAUCGAGAUCCGGCGGCGGCGUUGGAUUACACGCGCCGCCGCGCGCCGGCGGUGGUGAUUGCGCCGCCGCCUGCGGCGGAAGAGGGCGGCGUGGGCGGGGAGGGCGGGGAGGAGGAUCUGGGGCCGGAGGGUGCCAGGCUGGUGUUGGACGUGCGAUACACACUCGUGGAGUCACGUGUGCGGGGCAUGCCGCGAAUGAGGCCGCCGCCAGAGCCCUCUGCCACUGUGUCUGACGAGGACGGUGUGCCUCUGGAGCGCUGGGCCGGACCCGACAACCCCUGGGACAUGGACCUGCCCACGCGCCGCCGCCGGCCCGCAUGGGGCUUCCCAGCGGUCGGCCACAUGCCGCUGUCCGUGGCCCCCGCGGGCCGUGAGCUGCUGGACCUGCGCCCCGUGUACGACCUGGUGUCGCGGCGCCUGGUGGGCGUGCCCGACUUCACACGCACACCUGACAGGUAUGCGGGCGAGGAGGAGCGGCUGCGGCGGCUGCGACGGCAGCCCACCGCGCUGGACUACGAGGCGGACGCGGCGUGGGCCUACCUGUGCCGACACGUACCGGGGGUCAUAUUGCGACUGGCGGCGCCACGCUGGCCGCCGCCGCAGCCUGCGGACGACGAUGGCGGCGGCGGCAGCGGCGGCGGCGGCAGCGGCGGUGACGGCGACGCCGGUUUUGGCCUGGAGGCGGAGGUGCAGGCGCGGCAGCGGCGGCAGGCGUUUCUGGAGCUCGGGGCCGCCAUUGACGCCAUACGGCCGCGGCCGCCGGCGUGGACCUUCGCGCCGCUGGUGACGUUGGUGCGGCGAGACGACAGCCCCGCCGCGCGCGGCCGCGGCUUCGGUCCGCUGCUGUCCUUCGACCUCAACAUUGGGCUCACCAAGCGGCGGCUGCCGGGGGCGCUGCCCUGGGCCGCCGGCCCCGCGCGGCAGGGCCUGCUGGACCCCCGGCUGCUGGCUGCGGCGCGGCACCUGGCCCCCGGCACCUACGACGUGGAGCUGGCCUGGCGGGCGGUGCAGCCGCGGCCGCACGUGCCCGACUUCACCCGCUUCACCGGACACGGCCUGCUGGACGAGGAGGAGGAGUUUGUGGAGGCGGACGGCGGCGAGCUGCCCUACGGCGCCCGACUGGUGCUGCAGGUGGGUGAGGCCAAGGACGCGGUGUUGCGGCGGCGCGACGCGGCCCCCGGCCCCCAGCGCAUGCGCCUGGCACUGGGCCGCGCGGAGGACGUGGCGGGCGCCGACCCCGCCUACCUCCACCCCACCGGCCACCUGCCGCUGCCCGACCCAGGGCUGGACGAGCCGCUCAGGCCGCGCCUGCGCAAUGUGGUGAUCGAGGCCGGCGCCGGCCACCUGCCGCCCGCGCCGCAGCCCUCCAUGCACGAGGCGCUGCGCGGGCCGGGCGCCUACUUCCCGGAGGGCGCGGAGCAGGCGCUGGCGGCGGUGGGGCCGGCGGCGCGGGCGGUGGACUUCAGCAAGGCGCCGGAGCGGCGGCUGCUUGAGGAGGACAAGCCCGACCCGGAGGAGGUGUUGGAGGGCAACCGACUGGUCCUGUCGCCGCACACCGCACUCGACUACGUGCGCCCGCGGCCCCACGUCGCGCUCAUCCCGCCCCUCGUGCCCCACGCCGAGCGCGAGCCGGAUCCAGCCUUCCAUGCCGUGUACGACGUGGAUCCCGGCCUGGAUCUCGUACUGCGCCGCCCUCCGGGCCACCCUGGAUUCGACGGCGCCGCCGGCCGCGAUCCGCCGCUGCCGGUGCCGUACGGCAUUGAUCCGCGGCCGGCGGCGUACGGCGGCCACGUGGGCCACGGGCUGGCGGCGGAGGACGUGCCGCUGACGGCGCUGGCGGGAUUCCGGCGGGCGCCCGGCGGGCCGGACUUUGAGACCAUGGUGCCGCGGGAGGUGCCCAAGCCAUCCGACUAUGACGGCCAGCGGCUGGACCUGGAGGCCGCCGCCGCGCUGGACGCACUGCGGCGGCGGCCGCCGCGCGCAGCCGACAUGGCACUGCAGCGCGGCCGCUGGGAGGCGGGGCCGCACCCCGACUGGGACCUCACGGCCUGGCUGGACUACAACCCCAGCCUGGACGCGGUGCGGCGGCGGCUGGUGGCUCAGGCGGCUGUGCCCCUGGGGCUCCAGCUGGGCCGCGAGCAGGCGGCGCGGGCGGACCCGCGGGUGGGCGAGGCCGCCACUGGCGACCUGGACGCCGGCUGCUACCGCGUGCGGCACAGGCUGGUGAUGCGCUCCGCUCCCGCCAUCGACUUCGGACGCGGCGCCGACCCGCGCCACACCGGCCUGCAGCCGGGCGCAGUGCCCGCCGACCCGGAUGCCGGCAACGUGCUGCUGCUGCAGCCGAGGCAGCCGGAAGGCUGGCAGCCGCCGGCGCACGAGGGCCGGCCCUGGCGGCAGCCGUUCGGGCGCGGCGAGGGGCGCUGGGAGCGGCCCUUCGCCGACCCCGCCUACCGCUUCCUGGCUGCCGCCGGCGACGAGGGCGGCGCACUGCUGCUGCGGCACAGCGCCGACGACCUGGCGGCGCUGAGGGCCCGGGCCACUGCCGCCAACGCGCCCGCCGCCGCCUGGGGCUGGAUGACCAGCCGCCGGGAUGCGCAGGUGCUGCAGCCGGACCCAGCCGUGCCGCCGCCGCCCCGCGCCCAGCCCCGCGCCCAGCCCCGCGGUGUAACGCUGCUGGCGGCGGAGCUGCCUCCCAAGAACUCCGAGCUGGAGCUGAUCAAGAACAACCCGCCCAAUGAUGCCAGGGUGGUGGCGAUACGACGUCGGGACCGUGUUUUGGCCCGCAUGGUCGCCCAGAUAAAGGCACAGCGGGCGGCGGUGGCGGACGUGUGAUGCGCCGCGGGUCUCGAUACGGCACCCAGGUCUGGGCAGGCUGGGGCGCAGGAUGUAGUCGAUGUCGAGCCUGGGAGGGGGCGGUUCGAUCAUGUUCAUGAAUAAACCUGGUCCCCACGCUGUUUGGCAUUCCAUGUAACUCCAUUAAUAUUGUCCAGUUGAAUGUGUGGACUACUGACGGAGGAGGAGGGAGGCAUUGACCCAGCGGGUCGCACAUUAAGAUAACACUAUUCUGGACCGCACGGCUGGACCACCGCAUAGAACAGAGGGUGCGACAGGUUGGAGGGGCUGGCGGUUAUGGUUACACAUGGUGCUGGUAAUAAAUUGAUGUACCCGAGCUGUAGGACGCGCAGGUAUGCGAAUGCAGUGCCGAGACUGGUAUGUCGCAACGUCGUAUGUCGGGAUCAGGGGGGGGGGUGUUUGGAAACAAGGUGCCAGCCCCCAUGCCCCAAAUCCCCGGAUACCUCCUUCAGGGGACGACCGACCGCACCACGGACAAAACCUUUUGGUUUAGGGGUCAAAACCCCUCCAUUUAAUACCAAAGUGAUGCCAAUCGACUCCUCUUGACGAGCGCUAUCACACUGUGCCAUCGGCGGUCCUGUUCUGAGACUUCGGUCACCGGCGGGAUCCUAUUCAUGGAAUCCCCUCGACCCAGCCCACCCCGCGCUCAACUGUCUGCCGUGUGACGACUGACGAAUGGAUAAUGUGCAUCGGCAGUCUUGUAAGACGUGAAUUCA